GAGUGAAGGAAAUCGUGUAAAGACUGGCAUCUGACAGCGCAGCAGUAAGCAACUAUAUCUACGUCCAACACGUUGUUUGCUAGAACUAUUUAUAUUUACUUGAAGUAGCCAACUGCUUCAGAUUGUUUCGAAUGGAGACCAGACAACAGGAAAGAGGACAAGGACAUAUCAGGACAGGUCUGUUAGACCCAGAGCCUGUAACAGAAGUAGAUGAAGAGAUGGUGUCAGAUGUGGACCUCAACAACACUAUGACUGAUGAAGAGAGGGAGGGAAUAUUGAGUGAACUCACAAAGUUAGAGGAAGAAAUCUCCACCCUGAGGCAAGUGUUGGCCUCCAAAGAGAAACACCACUCAGAGCUCAAAGCCAAACUGGGUAUAACACCACUCAGUGAGUUCAAACAGAACUUCAACAAGAGCUGGUAUGACAUGCAGACUUCCACUGCGUACAAAAAGACAUCGGAGACGUUGAGCACGGCAGGUCAGAAAACGUCAGCAGCGUUCACCACACUGGGAACAGCCAUCAGCAGGAAGUUUGGGGAUAUGAGAUCAAAUUCACUUGGCUACUCUAUCCGCCACUCAAUGAGCAUGCCCGCUUUGAGGAACUCGCCCAGUUUCAAGUCCUUCGAGGAGAAGGUUGAAUGCACCGUUUCCAACAUAAAGCAGACCAAGGUGGGAAGCCAAGGGGGUGGAGGGAGUUUUGAGGAGGUGUUGUCUUCAGCCGCCCACGCCAGUGCCCAAGAAACCCCCAGCAACAACAUGCCCGAGAGCAGUGAUCAUGAGAGGACCUGCUAGACCAGUCUGAACCACUCAACUACCUCCCUAGACCAGGAUUAGCACUCUACUGCCCCUUACUGGUCCAGAGGCCACAUUACAUUACCUGAUGUGGAGUGCAUGACAUAGGCCUAUCUACCCAAAGCCCCAUCAAGUACCAACACAAAUGUGUAUUAUCUACCUGCUACUUAGCUUUAUAUGCGUUUCCAUACAACAUCAAAAAGAAAGAUUGUGAUACUGUAAAGUACUCCUGUCCUUGAUAUUUCAUUUCUAUGAUUACAUCUAUUAGCUUUUUGUAUUAAAAUGAGUCUGUCCCGUUUAUAUCAAAUGUAUUUGAAAAACAAAAAAUAGUGACACAUUUCUUCCCAAUACUAAAAUUACUGACUUAAAAAAAUAUAUAUUGUAUUAUCAUUAGGACAUAGGGCUCUAUUCAAUCCAUAUUGUGGAAGUCCAGUGUUACAGCGUGAUACAUUUUAAAGGCAAUGUUCCUGCAUUCACGGUAAACGCUGCAUAUGUUAGCUCAAUCGGAAAAUGUACCUUUUACAUUUCUAUUGUGMAAUCUGUACGGCUUCAGCAAUACACAUUGAAUAGAGCCCCUACUUUCCAAGAGUGGACAGUCAUAUAACACUAUUGGGGGGAGGGAGUUGUAUUUGGUACUUAUACUUGAAAUUGCAUGUGCUGGGUUUGUAGGCCAAUACUGCACUGUUAAUGGGGACCAAGAUAAGGCCUUGCGCUGGAAUCUACUGAAUACACUGUCACACCUUUGAAUCAUACUAAUAUCUCCUUUAUUCCAACCGUGCACUGUUUGCACAUUAGCCUUGAUAGGUGGCAGAAUGACCAUCCAGUGUAUGUAUAUGAUACACAGUUUAUGCUUAUUAUAGGUCACAGCUGUCAAGCGGUGUAGAUGCUUUGACACCCUGUGGGAUUAAAAGUUUAUUUUUUAAAUGUG